CCCCCUCUUCUGGUUCUUCAUUGUGCGUCCUUCCUCCUUUUCCCAGCCUUCUCCCCUAAAGGAGUUUGCAGAAAGCUGGGUGCUGGGUGCCUUCUUCACUCGCCGCCUGGGCGCUCCGCUGAGAGGCUGAGCCUUUGGAGGAGGAGGAGGAGGAAGAAGAAGAAGAAGGCGCAGCCGGCUGGACAUCUUUAUUAAUCGCUGCGUCUCCUCCUCCUGCUCCUGCUUUCUUCUUCUCUCUGGGCGGGAAAGGCUUGGGGCUCUGGGCGAGAAGCACUGAGGGAAGGAGAAGGCAAAGGGGAAGCCAUGGGGGCAGGCAGCUCUGCAGAGCAGCGGAGCCCUCAGGACGCAGCCCCCGAAGAGUCCCAGCCCAGCAGCCCCGAAGGGCAGCCCGCAUCUGGGGAGGUGGCGGCGGAGGCGGCCCAGAGGGAGCAACCAGAGGAGCCCGCCAAGCUUUUACAGAAGAAUGGACAGAUAUCCAGUAUUAAUGGAAUUACAGAAGAGCAAGUGGACCUCAGCCUCAAGCCGGAGGAGCUGAAUGGACAGCAAGCAGAAGUCAUUAUAACAGAUGUUGGAGAACGAGAAACUGCAAGUGUAAUUCUGAAAGAGGAGUCUUUUGAAAAUAUGGAGGGAAAGCCACCAGAGUCAACUAAUAAAACUAAUGGAGAUGAUGACCAGAAGGAUGUACAAGAUGCUGAUAAACAAUCCCCAUCAUUAGAGGAAAAGGGAGAAGAACAGGAACAACCCAGUGAAUCUCCAUCAAAUGAUGUUGGGUUUAAAAAAGUUUUUAAGUUAGUUGGUUUCAAGUUUACUGUUAGAAAGGAUAAGACUGAGAAAGUAGAGCCUGUUCAGCUCUUAAAUGUAAAAGCAGAUGAUACUGAAGUGGCAUCAGAUGGAUCUGGCGAUCAUAAAGAAUUCAAGAAAGAAACAAUGGAGGAGGCAGCACAAAUUGAGGUGCCCCACUCUUUGGAAAAGACUGAACAAGAAACCCAGACUGAGAAGAUGAAAGAAGAAACUUCUCUUGAAAAGGAAAGAGAAAGCCCUAUUGAAGCUGGAGGCAAGGAUGCAGAAACUAAAAAUGAUGAUAGCAAUUCUCCGGAGUCUCCAACCAGCCCUUUAACUAAUGAAACAGCUUCACCCUUAAGAAAGUUUUUUACCCAAGGUUGGGCUGGUUUUAGGAAGAGGACAAGCUUUAGGAAACCUAAAGAAGAGGAACAGCAGGCUCUUGAUAAAGAAAAACAAGAACAAGAAAGAGACGUGACCAAAGAAGAAGGGGUUAUCAAAGAAGAAUUAGAAGAAGAAAACCCCAUACCAGAAAAAGCCCAGACAGAUGUGGAAGCCAAUAAUGAGAAAGUGGAAGAAAACAGAGAAGAAAAAGAAGGAAAGAAAAUGAUAGAUGUCUCAACAGAAACACAUCAGAAGGAAGUUACAAUUCCUCAUGAACAGCUGUCAAGGCAAGACUCUGCUGAAGGUGCAGAUAAAAAAAUUGAGAUAAGCUUGAAUGAGAAGAGUAACCUUGUCUUAGAGGAAAAAUCAGAACCAAGCCAAGAGUGCCUAAUAGCCUUGAAGCAAAGCACUCUGGAAUCAUCUCAGAAAAAACUUGACCCAGCAGCUCCUUCAGAAAAUGAAUUAAAAAUAGAUCAGUCAGAUCCAGCUCCUCUAAUUACAACAGAAGAACCCAAGGAACAUUUUGAAACAGUCGAAGAAGGCAAAUCUGAACCAAAGGCUCCUCUUGCAACAGAAAGUUUUGAUGAAAAACUUGCAGAUGCUAACAUGGACUUUACCACUAUUGUGAAAAAGGAUGAACCAAAAACAAUUCAAAAAGAACAACUGGUUCUUGAACAAUUAACUGAAAUAGAUACUGAGAUCCAAAGAAGACAGUCCACUGAUGAACAGCUAAAACUCAAGGAAACUGUUCCUGAAACAGUGAGUGAACAGCUGAAACAAACAGAACCAGGUGUUUUAAGUGCAGCAACAUCAAAACCCCCAGAAGGCAUCACAAAUGAAGUGGAAUUGAUUUCAUCUCAAGAAAGAGCCAAGAUGCAAGGUAGCCCCUUAAAAAAGCUUUUUACAAGUUCUAGCUUAAAGAAGUUGUCAGUAAAGAAACAUAAAGGAAAAAGAGAAGAAACCAAAUCAGGGGAAGCAGCUGAACAAAUACAGCAGUUGUCUGAUUCUGCAGAAAGCCCAGAAGAUCCAAGGGCAGAAAGCUCUGCCUCUUCCCCUGAAGAAGCAACAGAAUCUGUAGAAAAAGUCACAGAGGGAAUACAAGUCACUGAAACCGAAGAAGGGUCUACCUCAGAUAUCGAGAAGAAAAGAGAAAGUGUUACCCCUUGGGCAUCAUUUAAAAAAAUGGUGACACCUAAAAAACGGAUCAGGAGGCUUUCUGAAAGUGACAAAGAAGAAGAACCUGACAAGGCAAAAAGUGCUACUCUGUCAUCAACUGAAAGUGCACCUUGUGAAGAACAGGAAGAUAUUAAAGAAAAUGGGGAGGAACAGAAAUUAGAAAAAAACACAGACGAACCCAAGAAAAAAGUUGACACUUCUGUAUCCUGGGAAGCCUUGAUUUGUGUAGGCUCAUCUAAAAAAAGAAGUAGAAAAUCAUCAUCUUCUGAUGAAGAAGUAGGACAAAGACUAGCUCAGGAAGGACAAAAAGUAGAUGAAACUGCACCAAAUAAAGAAACAGCAGGAGAGAUGACCUUUACAAGCUCGCAGGAAAGUGAUCAAGGCCAAGGAGGUUCUUCACCAGAACAAGUUGGAAGCCCGUCUGAGGGUGAAGGAGUUUCAACAUGGGAGUCCUUUAAAAGAUUAGUAACUGCAAGAAGAAAAUCUAAAACAAAGAUGGAAGAUAGAAGUGAAGAACCUGCUGUAGUUCCAAGCUUAGAAUACUCUACUUCAGAUGGAGAAUCUGGAAAAGAAGAAUCCUGGGUUUCAUUUAAAAAGUUAAUGCCUGGCCGUAGGAAGAAAAAGUCAGAUGGAAUACCAGAACAUGCACCUGUUCAGGAAACUGGAGAAGAAAUUACAGAAACUAAUGAGGAGGACUCUGAUAUUCCAGCUGUUGUUCCUUUGUCAGAAUAUGAAGCUGCUGAACAAGAGAAACUUGAAGCCCAAAAGAAAAAUCAAGAAGAUAUAACUGUGAAAGGUUCAGACCAGAGAACAGAAAAGUCAGAAGGUACUUUAAUAACUGAGCAGUCCAGUGAAGGUCUAGUUCAUGCAGUUACUGUUACAGUAGUAGAAGGGGAAAGAGCAGUUACUAGUAUUGAAGAAAGGUCUCCAUCAUGGAUAUCAGCUGCUGUUACAGAGACAGUUGAACAUGCAGGUGAAGAUGAAGAGAAACAAACUAAGCAUAUUUCUGAAACUGGACUUGUUGAAGAAACUGUAGUGGCCACUAAACUCAAGCCAGAAAUUAAGAAGGAUGUUAGUGGUGACACUAUAAUCAGUGAAUUGGAAUUAACCUCAGAAGCAAUCACAGCUCGAGAAGAAGCUUCAGCUGUUGAAGAAGGACCUGAAGUGUCCUGUGCUGAAGAGACAACUGAAAUGGUUUCAGCAGUUUCAAGGCUAUCUGAGUCUCCUGAUACAACAGAAAUAGCUACACCUGUGCAGGAAGUAGAAGAAAAUCAGCAAAACUUAGAAGAAUUAAGUAAACAAACUCAGGAAAUUCUUCAAGAAGUUGCUGAAAGAGUUAAAUUAUCUGAGGAAACAAAGAUGAUUAGUAAAACCACAUCUGAAGUAAUAAUUCAACCAGUAUCAGUACAAAAGACUGACCAAGAAAUUACAGUUGUCUUUCAAGGAGCAGAAUUGUCUGAAUCACUCUUAAAGGAAAAAACAUCUGAAAAGACUGAUAUCCAGACUAAUGAAGGCAUAGAACGUGGUCAAGGACAAGUUGAAGUUAAAGAAAGUAGCCUGAAGGAAGUGUUGGAAAAGAGUCAUGACGUGUGUGUGGAAGUGAAACAAAGCCCAGAAGAAACAACUAGCUUGAAUCAAACUGAUGAGGACCAUCAUCUAAAGACUGAGCAUGAAGCAUUAGAAAAACCUAGAGAAAUUGCUGAAGAGCAAGCAAUUGAAGAGAAAUCAGAAGAAGAAGAAGAUUUUGUUAUUGUUACAGUAACACCUGAAGAGACACCAGAAAUAACAAUUGAUGAUGCAGCUGGAAAGCAACUGGAAUCAUUAAAAGAAAAGGAUAGUAAAGAAUAUAGUAAAGCAUAUUCAGUUCAGGAAGUCAAAAUGCAUUUAGAAGAAGGAACACAAGGUAAGAUUAAAGAGGAUGUGCAAGAAUUAAAAAAAGAAACAUGCGAAGAAACGCCUGGGUUCUUUCAAAAGCAAGAAGAGGUGGAACAUAUAUGUCAGUCAGAAGCAGAAACAACUGAAAUUGAGGAGAAUAAGCCUGUUAAACAGAAUGAAGUAAAAGACUCUGAGCUUCUAAUAAAGACUUCAUACACUGAUUCAGUUGUGCAUGAGGUACCCAUCCAAAUCAAGAGCAUUGAUGUUUCAGUACAGGAUGAUGAAAGUAAAGUUAGUGACAUGAGUAUGGAAAACGAUGCUGCACUUGGCUUAGAAACAGGAAGCACACAGGAAGUUACAGUUGAGGCUGGCAUGCAGAACAAAUUCUUGAUAGAGCAUGUGAAAACUGAGACCCAUAUACAGAAAAUGGAUCCUGAGGUCCACUUGCAGGAAUUAGAAACUAAGAUGCCUUUGGUAGAUGUGAAACCUGAACCUCUGCUAAUGAAUUUAGAGACACAAAUCCAUGCAGAAAUGGUGGGAAAAGAAAUAAGUGUAAGAAAGAUGGAUGCUGGCAAGGAGAAGGUAGAAGCGGAAGACCAUACACAGAAAGUGGAAACAAGUGAUCAUAUAGAGGAAAUGGAAGGGAAGUCCCACAUAAUGAAUGUGAGAGAAGAUGUCCUGGCAGAGAAGUCAGAACUAAAUGUGGGAAUAGAUAUUUCAACAGAGAAGACAAAAACAGAGUCUAUCACAGAAAAAGCAGAUGUUGAUGAACACUUAAAAAAAAGAGAAGCACAUAUCUCUCCAGAAGAUGCACACUCAAAGCUAUCUGUAGAAUCAGAUGUAGGAAAGAUGGAAGAAGAAAUGCCCCAACCAAUGACUGAAGUGAAAUCAGAAGCUCUCACAGAGAAGAUGGAAGUAGAGGACCUCACAGAAAAGUUAAAAGUGGCAGCCACUUCAGAAAAGGAAGAUGUGACAGUGCAUGUGGAGGCUACCACAGGGAGGAUAGAUGCAAAGAUAGAAUCAGAGAUCUGUACAGACAAAACAGAUGCAAAGGUAAAUGGGGAGUCUUCCACAGAGAAAGCAGAUGCCAUGGUGGAAGGAGAAACAGUAAUUCCAUCAAUGCUUACAGAUCAAAAUAUGAAGGAAGAACCACCUUCAGCAAGAGUGGAUAUGGAGCCCCUUGUAGAAAAAGUAGGUGCAGAGAUUGCCAAGGAAAAAACUGAAAUGGAGAUAGUAAAGGAUAUGGGGCAUUCCUCAGACAAGGCAAAAGCAGAAGAUGAGAAAACAGCGAAAACAGAUGUAGUGGCAAUGAUAGAGAAUGCAGGUGCAAAAGCUGAUUUGGAGCUCUUUGCAGGGGAGACACUUGAAAAGGUGUGUGAAGAAUAUUCAGAAGAAAUGAUGGAAGCAGGAGCUGCCACCAAACAACCAGAACUAAAGGAGACCCUGCAAAAAGUGGAGAAUGAAGCCAUAAUUCAGUCUGUGGUGAAAGAUACUGCAACAGCUUACUUGACUACAUGUGCUGAGAUAAUUUCAGUUGAGGCCCCAGUGGAUCUUGUCUCAGAGCAAAAAUCUGUGAUAAGUGACAUGACCAGAGUUGCUAUUCAGGGAGAGACACAAAGUGUAGCAACAGAAAAAAGUAUAACUCAGGAACAAAGACCACUGGAAGUAUCAACGUCUAGCCAGGACAAAGUGGAUCUCACCCAGAUGGUUAUAGCAGAUGCCAGCCUUGUCGUGGAAUCAGAAAUCACAGAUGUAAUUGAAGCUGAAGCCCAAGAAAAUAAUGAGCUCAAGGACAUCACAGUUAUGAAAUCUAAAUCUACCAAAGAAAGCAUAGCUGAGACCUCUGUGCAGACCGGAAGAGUUAUGCCUGCAGUGGAAGAGGAAAAAAUAGUAACGUCCUUGGGAACCACUGCAUUGGAAGGCACUGUGCAGAGUGAAAAGGAAGAUGCCUUCACUUCAGAAUCAAAACACAUGGAUGUUAAUGUAGUUGAGGAUUCUGUGCAAAAUGAAGCAACUGGAGAUUCUGUGAAAGAAAAGCUAGCAACUGAAACAGAAUCAGUAGGAAUACUAAUAAACAAAGCUGAAGUAGAUGGAGGCAUCCUUACUUUAGAGUCUGGAUACAAAGAGAGUCUUGCCUCAAAUGCCAUUUUGGAAAAUAUAAGAGAUAGUACUCCACCAGAUGACAAAGAAGAAAGUAUAAAUGGGAUUUCUGUGCAAAUUCAUACAUGUCCUGGUGAAUUGCUCCUGGAAACAGUCCACCCACUUUCAGAGUCUACUACAGCUUCAGAUAGCUAUCAGAGAAGGCAAGUGCUGUCAGAGAAGGUGCAAAUAAUAGAAACACAAAAAUCAUCAGAAAAUAUUGAACUUGGUGGUGGAGAUGUACUUCCUGAAGCUCUAGUAGAGCAAGAGAUUUUUGCUGAGCAACAGGAGGUUGUCACCAGGGACAUUCCAGAAGUGCAGAGUUAUGCAGUUCAUAAAUCUUCUAUAACAGUAACAGCAACAGAAGCUGAAGAGCAAGUUAGUACAGAAAAAAUUACACUUACAGGAACAUCAGCUGAAACCCCACAAUCUUUACUACAAGAGAUAGAAGAGACAGCAUUCCAAAUGGUACAGCAGGUGAGCUUUGUUCACCCAGGUCUUGAUACUAAAGCAGUGUCUGAGAAGACCAAAAUAGAAGCAGAAGAGCCAAUUUUACCAGCAGCAAGCUUCACCAAAGAUGAUACCCUCCCAAAAAGUGGGUCUGAUCUCAUCCCUGAAAUGAAACUUCAAAAGUCAGAGACUGAUCAAGAAGCUGAAAAGCAAAUGACAUCUCCAGCAAGAAGCCCAUCUUUAACUCACAUAGAAUUUGACAAAGAUGUUGUUCAGUCUGUAACAAUAGAGUCUCAGAGCACCAAAAUUGUACUGAAAAUCAUCCAGAAUGCUGUUGAUAAAAUGGAGAAAACAGAAGAGCCAGUAUUCUCAUCACAGCAGACUGAACCAUGUCCAUUACAUGCAGAUAAAUCUGAAAUUCAGGAAGAUUUACAGAAACAAGAAGCAUUUAAAGCAACAGAAGAUAUGCCUUUAACUACUGAAAAAUCUGAAAAUGGGAAAAGUUCAGGUACCAAAACGACAGCUGCUGAUCUUGAAGCAGUAAAACACACGCCACAGACAGAUGAACAAUCACACGCUUUGACAAAACUAGUGCAAGUCUCUGGAUCUAAGAGUGAAGCUGAGAAAGAGAUUAUCAAAGAAGAAAGUUUGCAGAAAGAAAAUGGUGAACCAAAGCUUCAAACUGUAGUGGAUACAGUUGUGCCUACAGAGACUCAGAGAGUCACACUGGAAGGUGCUGUCUCGGGAAGUCUACCCAAAAAGUCACUUGAAGCAGAUCAGCCAAAGCUCAAGGAUGUGGAUGUGGAGCAGAUCCAGGAACAAUUAAUAGAACAACAAAUGCCUGUGAAAAGAAAAGAAGACCACAGCCCAUCAACAGGAUUUGUGGAGAUACAACCAGAGAAAGAUGUAAACAAUCAGGACUUCACAUCCCAUGAGAUUCCACAGUUAAAAUCAGAGCUCACUGAAUCCUGAGGUUUUGUUUCCAUGGAAAGCUCUGUCUUAUGUUUCAAGGGACUAGUUCCCAAAGAAUGCAGCAGAAGAGGAUGGAUUUUGCUAAACUGACUGAAGACCAAUGAUUUUGAACAGUGAGAACAGACUACUGCUUUCUGGUGUCAUUCUGAGAAAGCCACCUGACAAUCCUGAAGCACCAUCAGGAGCUUGAGUUCCACCUCCUUUUACUUUUGAUCCUUAACAUCUCCUCGCUUCCUUUUCACCGUUUUUUUUUCGUUUGGUGGUAAGAGGAGAUGGGCAUAGGUAGGCAGGAAGUGUUACAUAUUGAUGAAAUGGCUUCCAUAACAUAACCUGGAAAAGAAGUUGGUAUCUUUUAAGCUCUCGCUUAUUAUUGCUUCCGAAAACUGGAUUGUAUUUCUUUGUGUAUUUAUAUGUAUAUCUUCAAGCAAUAUUUGAUGUUCAUUUAAAUGUGGAAAGAAAGAAAAUUAUCUUCUCACUUUUUUUGCCCUAUAACCAUAGAGAAAUACUGUAAGUGAUAAAUAGCCUCAGAUGGAUCCUAAUACACUUGCAGUUGCUUCCUGUUGGAUCCAUUGGAAAGACGUGAGAACCAGUGCUUAAUGCUGUUCUUGGCCUUGCUUCCAUAAAAACUAUUGUCAUCUUUGGAGCAGUGGUACCAAUUUACUCAUUUCUCACCAUGUUCUAGAAGCAUGGUACUGCUUCUCUUAUGUUUGAUUGAAACAUUUGGGGUAGAGUCGAUUGAGUUAAGUGUGCUUAUGCAGAAGAAUUUAAAUGAGUUGGAACCAUCAUAUGUCUUCCACAGAUGUAAAAGGUUCUUUUUCUCCACAGGCUUGCACUAACAGCUGAGGAAUCCUGGUAGGGGUACUGGUGGGUGUCUUUGUUAGGUUUCCCCUCCUCCUGUAGUCUUCUGUGAACUCUCAAAAUAUGUUCCAAAGGGUAAAGGAGGUGGUACUUGGAAAUUUUAGGGAAGGGGAAUUGCAAAAAUGUCUGACUGCUCCUGCCACUGAUAAAAUUCUAAGUGGAACUCAGCUCAGAGAAUGUUCCUGUCAGAUGAAAAGAAGCUGGAUCCAACCCAGUCAGUGUUCUUCAGCCUGCCUGAAUUUGACUGUGGCUUUCAAGUCUAAGUCUUUUUUUUAAUCACCUGAGGGGGAUGGGAGAAGUCUUUCAGAGUCAAAUAAGUGACCAUUUCAGACUAUUCACCAGUUCAGUUAAAGGAAUUAUCAUAUUAUAACUUUAGACAAAAUGGUGAAUUGCUUUUAACCUAUCAAGAAAAAUAUUAAAAGAUUCCAUUUUAAAACGUUUAAUAUUUUCCUCUUUAAGGAACAUACCUAUGCCAUAAAAUGAGACAAGUUCUAAAAAAAGAAAAGUUUGAUGAGCAAAAGAUUAUCUGCGCUGUAUUUUUAUCCCCUUGUUAGGAAAGAGUGUUUCAUUAUGCCUAGGUACAUUUAGUAAAUGGAUUUCUAAAAAUUGAAGACUUAGCUUAUACUUAGCUUUGUGCUUUUAAUUUUAAAAAAUAAAAAGAAGAAGUAGGGGGCCUUGAACAAAGUCACUCUCAAUAUAAAAUUACAGUUCCUAGUACAGGUCAAUAUAGAUUGUGCAUAAAAACUGGGCAGCCUUGAAAUGCUAAAUAAUUGAAUAGUAAUUUAAAAUGUUCAAAGCUUUUAGUAUUUAAUCUUCUAGACACAAAGCAUGUCUAGCAGGUCAAGUUAUAUUGCACUUUGUAGCCUCUUACAUCUACUCAGCUGAGCCUGUUGCAUGGCCCAGCAGCUUCCUUGCCCUACAUGUAUAGUAAUUUAUUUGAAAAUGAAGUAAAUGAGCCAAAUAAAUAUCUACUUAUAAGGCCUACACAAUGAGGUAAAAAAAAGAAAAAUGUCAUGUGACAUGAUUGCACCAUCUAGUGGUUGCUUUGGACAUUCAGAUGUUUAGGAUAACAUUUGGCUAACAUUUUGUCUAUCCUCAAAUUUUCUUCCAACUCAUAUUACAUAAUAUCUGAAAUUAAUAAAUGCAGUGAUGAUAAAAUGCAGCUUUAUUAGUGUCAUACAAUGUGCAUCUCUGUGAAGAAGUAACUGAUUUGUAAACACUGAAAGUGGAAACAUUAUUUUAAAAACCCUCUUAAACAGCAUGGCAACAGGGUUUCUUUGAACAUCAGGAAAACAGAACAGUCUAGUAGAUUAAUUCAUGUCAGCAUAAUGCUGUAUGUUGAAAAUUUUAAAAAUGUUUCUGCUUAAUAAGAAAAGUGAAAAAAAUAUUUUCUUAGUACACAUUUACAACUUUCCCUACUGUUUCCAUUUCUUCACUGAUUUAGGUCUACUGGAAUCACAACACAAAAGGCCAUUAAAUUAUUUUGGUGUUGUUAUAGAAACCUUUUUUUUCUUUCUUUUUUAGAAUUGUCAGAGUGGUAUACAGGAAUACUGGUCUGUUUUUAAAUUGAUCAGUGAGGCCAGUGUAUUGGGGCAGAAGCCACUGUAAAGUAAGAAGAAGAUAUUGUCCUCUUUGCUUUAUGAGAAACUAUUAAAAAUUGGUGCUGGAGGUAGAAAAAGGUCAGGUCAGUGAUUAAUUGACCAAACAGUGCCCUUCAUGGCCCACAUCUAACUCGUGGUAUUGCUUCCAUCUUUGUUUCCUGAUGGCCACUGCAGUGGAUUUAUCUUCCCACUGUUGUUUAGCAGCAAUGACAAACGACUACCUCCCACCUCACUGGCUUCAUUGGCUGAUUUAAAGACAAAACAAUUAUUUUAGUUGCUAGUCUGGCAGCCUGAUUAAGUAUCUCUUUACAAAGCUCCCCCAAAGUAGUCUUCACCUUCCCUACCCCACCUGUUUUGUGCAACUUUAGUAUGGAAAGCUUAACUUACUGAUAGGAUCAGGUUUUGGGGUAAUGUAAGAUUUGACAGGGGAGGAAAAAAAGAUCAAACUAGUAACCUUUUCACUCCAAGUGAAUGGUAGUCCACAAGUUCUCUGUUAUGACCAAUGAGUUGCUCAGUCUACAUGCAACAAAUAUUGUUCCCUAAAAAGUAGUCAGUGUACAUGAAUUAGCAUGUGUCUCCUUCCAGACACUAGUCCUAUCAUCAUACAGACUUCUUAAUAUGAAUGAAUUCAUGAGAAGGUUCAGUAUAUUUAGUGCAAGUUGGAAACUUCUUAAGAAAUAUUGAUGGUUAAAACUCAGAAUAGUCUGCUUCAGCCCAAAAAAUGAAAAUAAAUCACAGGUAGUACUUGUUUGUGAAUCAUUUAGAAUUAUCUCAUGUGUGUGUCUAUAAUGUAAAAAUGUGUAAAGUUUUAGGAAGAUGUGUGUCCCAAAAUUAUUUGGGGGUUUUCUUUCUAGAGGCAGCUUCCUCAUUUUGAGUGUGAACUGCAAAAUUUGUUCUGAUUGCCAAAUAUUAAGAUUACUCACUUUCAUUAGCCCCCUUCACAUGUUAGUCACGAGGCCGGUAUUACCCUAAUAAUAUGCAGUAGAGCCUUGCCUCUUGGUUCCACCACUACUGGCACAUUCCAUCUCUUGGUUUCACCAUGUUGCCUGGCCCUGGCUAUGGAUGCCUACAUGUUGUCACUAUAUAAGAGAAGCCAAGAGGACAGCCCUACUACCCAUUCAUUAUCAGAUUCCCAUAGGGUUAUUGUGUGCUUUAUAACAAGUCUGUCAGAGCCAUAGAACCUGCCUAUAUGUGUGACCCACCACUUGGGAAUUGUAAGCUUCCUUUUUGUGGCCUAUUGGACUACAGCAGAAGGUUUAUCUUGCACUUGGCAGCCACAAAACAUGUGUUUUAAAGCCUUGUUUUACUGCUGGCAUACCAAUAUUUAUGUGAACUGUAAUCUGUGUGCAGAAAGCCAUAUUGCAAUAGCUGCAACAAGCUAAAUAAUAAUAAUGAUAAACAAAGAAUGGCAUGGCUGAUUAAUCCUGGUUCUGAUCUUUAUAGCUCCAAGGCUGUUAAUAAAUAUGUAAAGUUAUCUAAACAUCAUUUAAAUACAACCUAGUAAUCACAAUGUAAAUUAUUAUUGGCUAGAAAUUGGAGAACAAGUGCUUAGUUCUUGCUUCAGUUUUUUAAAAAAAUAUUGAUCUAAGGCCUUUCUAAGCAAUGCAAACACAAAUCAUAUAACCAAUAUUUCUUCUUGUAACUGACCUGUCUAAAACAAAGGCACCAAAAGAAUUUUCUCUUGGUGCAAGGAGCAUGUCUCCACACACAAAUACUGCUUUAUUACAGUGUAUUGCUUUGGCCUCAGAAUACUCAGACAACGCUGCAAAUUUUAGCUUGUGCCACAACUCCAAGCUUUUGCAGUUUCUUCUAAUCCAUUGUAUUGGAUUAACUGAUACUUUGAUUUUCUAUGUUGUUUUUAAAGUAGAUUUUCAUGGACUAAAUAAAAUACAAAGACAAUUCA